AUGUCAGGACCAGGACUUGCUCUUCCAGGCCAGACACUCGGCGCAUCAAGCUCCAACGAGAUCGGCUCAGGCAUACACAUCCACAAUGACCAACUUUGCGCAAGCAUUUCGGGCCCAAUCCUCACAUCAAAACCAUCGACGUCAAGCAAAACUUCAAAACCACCUAUAGUCUCUAUAGCACGGACAACGGGAAAUCUCCUUCCAGAAGCCGGCACCACCAUCCUUGGGAAAAUCACCCGCACCAACCCACGCCAAGCGAACAUCUCCAUCCUCGCCCUAGGCUCCACGGGCGAACACGUCUGCCGCGACCCAUUUCCAGCCAUCAUCAGACAGCAAGACAUCCGGGCGACGGAGAUUGACAAGGUCAAAGUGGCGGAAAGUUUUCGAGUGGGUGAUGUGGUGCGGGCCGUGGUGAUCAGUUUGGGUGAUGAGAGGAGCUAUUAUUUGAGCACGGCGAAGAAUGAGUUGGGGGUUGUGAUGGCUGUUAGCGAGUGGGGCAAUCAGAUGGUGCCUGUGAGUUGGAGGGAGUUUAUGGAUGAGAGUACGGGCGAGAGGGAGGCGAGGAAGGUGGCGAAGCCGGUUUGA